AUGGCCGACAACGCUGCCACCACUCCCGCGCCCCCGGCCGAACAGCAGCCUCCCGCCGCUGCUCCCGCUGCCGAAGGCGCUGAGGGAGAGGGUCCCUCCAAGAAGGCGCAAAAGAAGGCUGAGGCCAAGGCCAAGAAGGAGGCCGAGAAGGCUCGUCGCGCUGCUGAGCGCGAGGCCGCUGCUAAGGCCGCCGGCAAGAGCACCGGACCGACCGAGGAUCUCGCCAAGGACAACUAUGGUCUCGUCAAGGAGAGGAAGGGACAAUUCGAGCUGUCGGCUGAUGUCGAGGAUGUUAACUUGAAGAACAUUGGCGAGGAGCACGUCGGCAAGGCUGUCAUUGUCAGGGCCUGGGUCCAGAAUGCCAGAAUUCAAGGCGCGAAGAUGGCUUUCGUUGAGCUGCGCGAGGAGGGCGCCUGGACCAUCCAGGGCGUCUUCGUCGCCAACAACGAGGGCACCCCCGUGAGCAAGCCCAUGGUCAAGUUCGCGGCCGGCAUCAACCCCGAGAGUUUCGUCGUCGUCGAGGGUACCGUCGAGAAGCCCCUCGAGCCCGUCAAGAGCUGCAAGGUCUCCAACUACGAGCUGCACAUCCGCAAGAUCUUCGUUCUCGCUGCUGCCCCCCAGAUGCUCGGCAUGACUUUGGCCGCCGCCAACCGCCCCAUCACCAACUUCAGCGACGAGGAGCCCGCUCCGGAGAAGGCUGCCGAGGAGGCUGUCGACAAGCUUUCCAUUGCCGCCGAAUCAUCCAUCCCCGCCGCUACCAUGCUCACCCAUCUCGACAACAUCAUCAUGCACAAGCGUGCCCCCGUCCAGCAGGCUAUUGCUGAUAUCCGUAUGGAGGUCAAGGAUCUGUUCAGGUCCUACCUCAAGAGCCACGGCUUCAAGGAGUUUGAGCCUCCUUGCUUGAUCGGUGCUGCCUCUGAGGGUGGUGCCAACGUCUUCCGCAUGCCCUACUUCGACAAGGAGGCAUUCCUCGCCCAGUCUCCCCAGUUCUACAAGCAGUUUGAAAUUGCUGGUGGCAGAAAGAAGGUGUUCAGCAUCGGUCCCGUAUUCAGAGCCGAGAACUCCAACACCCCAAGACACAUGACCGAGUUCACCGGUCUCGAUCUGGAAAUGGAGAUCAAGAAGGACUACAGAGAGGUUCUCCUCAUGCUUGAGGGCGUCCUGCUUCAUAUCUUCCGCGGCAUUAAGGAGCGCUGCGCGGCCGAGAUCGAGCUCGUUCGCUCCGUCUACCCCGCCGAGGAGUUCCUUCUUCCCGAGCCUGGCAAGGAGGUCAGGUUGACCUUUGCUGAGGGUCAGAAGCUUCUCCGUGAAGAGGGUCCCGAGGAGUUCCGUAACGUGACCGACGAUGAGGACAUGAGCACUCCCCAGGAGAAGGCUCUCGGCGCCAUUGUGCGCAAGAAGUUCAACACCGACUUUUACGUUCUCGACAAGUUCCCCGAGGGCGCCCGCCCCUUCUACGCCAAUCUCGACGACGCCAACCCCAAGGUCACCAACGCCUUCGACUUCUUCCUCCGCGGCCAGGAGAUCCUGUCGGGCGGUCAGCGUAUCAACGAUCCCGAGGAGCUCGAGGCCCGCAUCAUCCAGAAGGGUGUCGACCCCAAGAGCAACGGAAUCAAGGAGUACGUCGACGUGUUCAGACAGGCCGGUGUGCCCGCCCACGGCGGCGGUGGCAUCGGUCUUGACCGCGUUGUGGCCUGGUUCCUUAACCUGCCUAGUGUCCACCUUGCGGCGUACUACCCCAGGACGCCCAAGAGGUUGCUUCCUUAA